UGGACUACAUAUAAAAAGCCUGUUAUUUGAUAAAUUGUUUAUUUGUAAUUAAAUUCUAAGUAUUUAUUUUUUGCCGUAAACCUGUUAUAAUGGAGGUUAUUUUACAUUUGGUUAAAAUAGUCUAGGAACUAUUGUUUUCCUGGUUGAUGGAGGGAGGUCGAGCAGAAUUCGCAGACGGACCGAAACAGUGAUAACAGGCGUGAUAGAAACGUACGGAGCUAAUAGAAAAGUUUCGCUCUUUUUCUCGCUUUGACAUUUCACAUCACAUUUUAAAACAAGACAAGGUUUCUCUGUGCAAUGGACGUCAUGCAGAGGAGACGGAUUCACGAGGACACGGUUCAGUACAAACUGUUCCUGAUCCCAACAGACGCGUCAUCGUCUCAGCAAACAGCGGAACGUCUCCCACAUCUCCUGGACGAGAUCCUGGCAAAGGUCGCCCCUCUCGUGAUCCAGCACAUCUGGCAGCAUCAGCCCUUCAACCUCAAGUGUCACCCCGAGAAAGGUGAUGAACCUGCUCACAUCAGAGGCAGCACUCAGUUUGGGGACAAUGUGGAGGACGAGUGGUUUAUCGUUUACCUCCUGCAGCACAUCACGGAGAACUUCCCACAGCUUGCAGCCAGAGUCGAGGACAACGAUGGGGAGUUUCUUCUGAUUGAAGCUGCAGAUUAUCUUCCCAAGUGGCUGAAUCCUGACACCAGUGAACUCCGGGUCUUCCUCUAUAAGGGAGAAUUGCACAUCCUUCCCUGCCCGACCAAAUCCAGUCCAGUGGGCAUCUCGAGGGAUGUGGUGCCCAGUGUGGAACAAGCUCUGACGUUGCUCUCCACGCACACAGGCGCCUGUCGAGCUAGUCCGAAGAUUUGUUCAGCCCUGAGGAAACGACUAGAGGGGUACCCAGAGAAGGUUAAGACAAGUCUCCACCGCGCCCACUGCUUCAUACCCGCAGGUAUUGCCGAGGUGCUGGCACAGCGGCCAGACCUAGUCGCCCCGGCAGUGUCAGCGUUCUACCUGCGGGAUCCAGUAGAUCUGCAGGCGUGUCGGAGCUUCAAGACCUUUCCUCCUGGUACAAGAGUCUUGGCAUCGGUGACAUUCACCCGUUGCCUUUAUGCUCAGCUGCAGCAGCAAGAGUUCACCCCAGACCGAAGGAGCAGCUUCACGCUGCCUCUUCGCUCUCAUCCCCAGUACAAAGCGCAUGUGCUUGGCAUGAAACUGGCACAUGGCUUUGAGAUCCUGUGCUCAAAGUGCAGGCUGCCGUCCUCAGAGCCUGAUGCCCCCGUCAGUUGUAACCCUCAGUGGAAAAGCUUCAUGGAUAGUCUGAAGAGGAACGGCUACUUCCAGGGAGAACUGGAAGGCUCGAGCCAUAGCAGAGAACUGACACGAUCUGCAGAAAACUUCUUCAAACAGUCAGUCGCCUCAACAUCGAAUGCUUUGUCCCCGGGUGAGGAGGUUCUCCGUCUUCUGCAAAGCUGCAAUUCCUUCGACUUGGAGGAGCUGAGGAAACAAGAGUCACAGCUCCCCCAAGAGGACAGUGACAGCUGGCUUGAUAUCACAGCUCAGGAUUUGGAGCGUUUGUUGCAGGAGAGGAGCGGGGGGAGGGCUGAUGUUGGCAGCCAGAACUCAAGCUCCGCCGAACAGACACAGCCCGUCACGGGUGCAAAGGAGAAGAGAAAAGAGACAGAGGACGACAAGGAGGAAGAGGAGGCCAAUUACAGCCUGGUAGCUGUCAGUCAGGGGAUGAAGAACUUCCUCAGCGCCAUGUCAUCGCAUGAGGGAGCUGAACUUCCCUGGAGCGGCUCAGCUCAUCCUUUCAGUUUUGAGCCUGACUCGAUGGCCAACGCUCUGGACAGACUGCUCGGGAGUAAAGAAGAAGAGCUAGAUUCAGACGAUCUAGAUGAUGAUGAUGAUGAUGAUGAUGAUGAUGACGAAGAGGGAGAAGAAGAAAAAGAGGAGGGGUCAUCUGGUCACAGUGAGAGAAAUGGAACAGAAACGUUGGACAGUCUGAGAGGAUACAUGGACCAAAUGGAUACGGAGCUGAUGAGCACUAAUAUUGGAAAAAGCUUCAAUCCAAAAGAUUACGCCAAUGCAGACGUGGACAGUGGCUCGCCUCAUCUCUCUGCCACAGGAGUGGAAGAGACAGAGGAGGAGAUCCAGCCUCUUGACGUGGACUUAAACCUGAUAUCAAACCUGCUGGAGUCCCUCAGCUGCCAGGAGGGUCUGGCUGGACCAGCCGCCAACCUGCUGCAGAGCCUGGGCCUGCACCUACCACCCAACUCUGAUUCCUCAUAACAAAGAAGAAUCUUAUGGUUGAGGAAGUAUAAGAUUAAAAAGUAUCCACCACCAGCCAGGGGCAGCGUCUCAAACUGUCAACAGAGUGACUUUUGUAACUUCUGUAGCAUUCAUCCAUGUAAAAGUUGCCAUGUAGAGUUUUCACUGUGUCCAAAUGUGGUUUUGUUUACAUUCAUUCAUCGUGUUCUUUAAGACGAGCGGAGACAAAGAAGACAUUUAUACAUUCAUCUAUUCUAAAUGUUUUGAAACCUGCAUUGUUUGCCGUUUACAGGUAAUAAUAAAUUGCACAAGUACAAAAAGGCAAGAAGCUCAGAAAAUGUGCGGAAGAUACAUUUAAUUUAAUGGGAAAAAAAUACAUGUCACACAUCAAAACAUUUCAUUAAUGCACAUUUCAGAUUGAUGACCCCAUCAGUUUUCUGUGAUGGGGUCCUAUUUGUGGCAGUGUGUAAAGAAAUGCGUUUAUCUUCAUUUUUGGUUGCACUGAACAAACAGAUGUGUUGCCAUGAAUCUGUAGAACAAGUUGUUAUUGUUAUUUUUUUUCAGUGAGACAGUCUUGUGAUCUAAAAGCUCAGUAAAUCCAUGUUUUUUGGAUGGUAACUAAAGGUGAAAUGAUAAUGUACAAUUUUCUACAGUGGAUAUUCAUGCUGCUAAUGUUGAAAUACAUGUACUGAUGGUGUUUUUAACUGCACUUACAAACUUAAGUUAGAAACGGAAUAAAUAUUUUUGCAAGUAAAUUUA